ACAUUCAACUUGUUCAUCUCUCCCAAGCGUCUUUCUUAGCUCUCUCAUACUAUAAAUCUAUAAUAGCGUCUCUCAGAUACAAAUUUUUGGUCCCGCAAAAGAGCUGUUAAAAAACAGAAACAUGGGUUUGAAAGGUUUUGUCGAAGGAGGCAUCGCAUCAAUCGUAGCCGGCUCUUCCACACAUCCUCUUGACCUUAUCAAGGUCCGGAUGCAACUUCAAGGUGAGUCCCAUGUCCCCAAUCCCUCAGUACAAGUCUAUCGUCCAGCACUCGCCGUGAACUCCGCCGCUGGUAACGUUUCAAUCUCCCAAAUCGUUUCACAGCCUCGUGUUGGUCCCAUUUCUAUUGGUGCCCGUAUCAUCCAAUCAGAAGGUGUGGCAGCCCUUUUCUCCGGCGUCUCCGCCACCAUACUUCGCCAAACCCUAUAUUCCACCACUCGUAUGGGACUUUACGAUAUUCUUAAAAAUAAAUGGACUGACAAGGAAAGCGGGAAUUUGCCACUUGCGAGCAAGAUAGCGGCUGGCCUUAUUGCCGGGGGCGUCGGUGCAGCCGUUGGCAACCCUGCUGAUGUAGCAAUGGUUCGUAUGCAAGCUGAUGGACGUCUUCCUAUUGACCAGCGACGCAACUACAAGAGCGUAAUUGAUGCAUUAGGACAAAUGACGAAACAAGAAGGUGUCGGUAGCCUGUGGCGCGGCUCAGCUCUUACAGUGAACCGUGCCAUGAUCGUCACCGCUUCACAGCUGGCCACCUACGAUCAGAUCAAGGAGAUGAUUCUGGAGAAGGGUGUGAUGAGUGAUGGGAUUGGAACCCACGUGACCGCCAGCUUCGCGGCGGGGUUCGUCGCGUCUGUAGCUUCUAACCCCGUUGACGUGAUAAAGACAAGGGUGAUGAAUAUGAAGGUGGCGCCGGGGGCGGUGCCGCCUUACUCGGGUGCUUUGGACUGUGCUUUGAAGACAGUGAGGGCAGAGGGUCCUAUGGCCUUGUAUAAGGGCUUCAUCCCGACAAUUUCGAGGCAAGGACCAUUCACUGUGGUGCUUUUUGUCACGUUGGAGCAAGUCAGGAAACUCCUCAAAGAUUUUUGAUGGCGAACGAUGAAGAACAAAUUUUAUAUAGUUCUCCAAUUUUAUCAUACAAACCUUCUAAAUUUGCAAAUCAAUAUGCAUUCUUUUCAAUUCUUUGAGGAUAAAGCUUUAAAAGGCCAGUGUAUCUGCACUGAGUUAUGAAAUCAAAAAUCAAUUAUAUUUAUGGGUGACAAGGAA